AUGGCCAGCUUCAACUUCGGCCUGCUCGAGCUCGCGGACGGCGAGUCUCGGGGACGUCGCCGUGUCCGUCGUCGUCGGCAAGGCCAAGGCCGAGGCCGCCCGCGCCAAGAAGGCCGAGGCCGCCGCCGCCGAGUCCGCCGCCCCCGGGACCACCGAGAAGGAGAAGGCCGUGCACAAGAACCUCUACUUCUUCAAGCUUCAGCACGACAAUGUACUGAUUGGGGGAUAAUGCCAUUACUGAUUGCUGGUUUACCUUUGUUUUCUUAUGGUUGUUAUAAAUCUUUGCGUUGUAUAAGAAAUAUUGAGCACGAGCUGAAGAGGUUGAGAGAUGCAUUGAUAAAGCUGAGGGGGCAGGAAACAAAGCUGAAGGAGAAAGGAGAGAAUGGAGUCCAUCUCAUUCAGUUGUCGGAGGAGCAAAGGGAGCUCCGUCUCAUGCAGUUGUCGGAGGAGCAAAGGCUGCUGAGGCAGCAGCAGAAGAAGCUGAGGGAGGAGGAAGCAAGGUUGAGGCCGUUGAGGAAAGAGUUUUAUUUGGAGCAUGGAUUUCCUCUGGUGGGUGGUGACGAAGAAGAGCCCCAAGUCCCCAAUCAGGGGGAAAGUGUUCAGGGCAACGACAAUGCCGGUGUUGACAAUUUCAAUAGCGGCUAUAACAGUGAUGGCCAUGGCAGUGUACCCAGCUAUCACGAUGGUGAGCCAGAUGUUCAUGCUCAUGGAGCCUAUGUGUACCAUGAGAGGCAGGUAGAGGAAGGCUAUGCCUACAACAAUAAUGGUGGCAGGCAGGGAUAUCCUGAGGUCAGGAAGGUUCAGAAGUGGGUAGCUAAGCAGCCAUCCUCUGAUGCUGGUACAGAGGCUGAUCACAAGCCUGAGGAGAAGGUCACCUCUGAUGCUGGCUCGGAGGCUGAGCACAAGCCUGUAGAGAAGAAGCCAGCCGCCACUCCUGCUAAUGCGGAUGCUGCGCCUGUCUCUGGUUCAGAAAAAUCUUCUGCUGCAGUGGCUGCUGCAAGUAACAACGGACAAGGUAAGUUUCAAAAGCAGAAGCUCAAUGGCUCCGAGAAAAGGAAGAAGAGGAAGAAUGCUAAGAACGGUGGCAAUGAAGUUGAUAAGGCAAAGAAACAAGAUUCAUCCGAGGCUGAUGUUUCAAAGAAGAUUGACAAGGAACCACCGGCAAACUAUCCUAGGGAGGAAGAGAAAAAGACCCUUGCUGAGUAUGAGAAGAUUCGUCAAGAGAAAAAGAAGUCCUCGGAGGAUGUCUCAGGAACUGAGCAGAGGAAGGUCUCUGCAGAGGAAUUUAAGGGCCUGCAGAUGUUGGAGAAGAAGAAGCUGGAUGAUGAGGAAGCUGUCAUGAAGGCAGAAAAGGUUCAGAACAAGGCUAAGGAGACUAGCAAGAAGGAAGAAAAGGCUCAGCCCGAGGCAAAGGACGCUGAUGCAGCCAAGCCUAAGAAGGUCGUCAUCCCGUUGAAAGAUCUCUCCUUUGCGCCACCAAGGCGCAUUGUUAUCCUGGAAGAUGGCUCUUCCAAUGGUGGCGGGGCUCCUCGUGGCCGCUUCAAUGGCGGCAGUUUCCAGGGCCGCAGACGCGACAACAGCACCGACUCGCGGGUUCCUGCCGGUCGGGGUGGCGACAAUGGCAGGGCGGCCCAGAAUGAAGCUGGCAACCACGGCAACGGUGCUCCGAGGGGCGGCUACUCUGGUGGCCGCGGCGACGGCGGCUACGGUGCUCCGAGGGGCGACUACUCUGGUGGCCGCGGCGACGGCGGCUACGGUGCUCCGAGGGGCGACUACUCUGGUCGCCGCGGCGACGGCUACAGCGACCGGGGCAACGGCGGGUACCAAGGCAAUGGCGGGUACCACAACCAGGGCGGCAACGGCGGUGGGUACCAGCAGCAGCACGGAGGCUACCAGCGCCGCCCAGGCAACGACAACUACUACCGGCCUCGGGGACGCGGCUACUCCGGCAACGGCCGUUCCCCUGCCCCCCAGUCCAUCGUCGUCGAGGACAUGAACUUGUUCCCGCCGCUACCCGCCUCUGCUCCGGCCCGAGCUGCCGCACCGGCUGCAGCUCCCGCGGCCGCCUCCGCUACGGCCCCCGCCCCCGCUCCAGCUCCUGCUCAGUCCUAG